CGACGGCCGUGAUUGAGGUUACAGCGAAGCCACGUGAGAUCGAUAGGUUUGUGAUUCAUAAUUUGAUAUUAAAAAUCCAAAAGGAGAAACUGAAAAAAAAAAAAAAAAGAAGAAGAAGAGAGAAUUAAAGAAAGAUUCAUUUUCGUUCUUGGGUUGGCGACAGGCGUAUAUUGCCCAGCAAGAUCACUAUCCAUGGCCAUUGACGGAGCUGGCUGGCUGGCUGGCCGCCAAUUCAUGCCACCCCUUAAUCCUUAUUUGUUUCCAACAAGUUAGGGAAAAAGACAGGGCAGACUUAUUACACUGUGGGGUUGGUUUUGUCUCUCUGGAGUAAGUGAGAUAGAUACAUACAUACAUAUAUUGGUUUCAUUAAUUUCCUGAUAGAGAUAUCCAUCCCUUUAAUUCCCACCCAAUUUUCGAUAUUUGGGAGAGAGCUUAUCCUUCCUUCUCCAACCUCAGCGCUCCCUCUAAGAUCGAGAGGAAAAAGUAUGGGGUACUGGAAAUCAAAGGUUUUGCCCAAGAUCAAGAAGGUGUUCGAGAAGGACAGCGCCAAGAAGGCCGCCGCCGCUGAAGCUACCAAAGUGUUCGAUGCCUCCAAGGAGGACAUAAGCAAGGAGUUCGAGGAGAAGAAGGUUGAACUCCAGCCUAAGGUCCUGGAAGUCUAUGAAGCAUCCUCCGCCGAAAUCAAGACGGUGGUUAAGGAAGGAACGGAGGCGGGACUGAAGAAGCACUCCGCCGCCGUGGUCAAAUUCGUCGAAGAGCUUGUUAAAAUCGAAUUCCCUGGAUCAAAGGUGGUGUCGGAGGCAUGCUCCAAAUACGGCCCAGCCUACGUCCCCGGCCCGGUCCUCUUCGUUUUCGAGAAGGUUUCCACUUUUAUCCCCGUCGAAGAAAAGCCGGCCGAGCCGGAGGCGGAAGCUCCAGCUCCGGCUGUGGAGGGGGAAGCUGCAGCCACCACCACCAGCACAGAGAAGGAGAUCGUCGUUGAGGAAGCCGCCGCCCCACCUGCAGCGGAGGCUGAGAAGCCUGCCGACACACCGGCGGCUGAACCCGCCGCAGCAACUGAGGCGCCGGCCGCCGUCAAGGUGGAGGAAGCAGCGCCAGCUGCUGCUGCCGCCGCCCCGGAGGCACCAAAGCCUUGAUCAUGAGCCAAAAACAAGAUAUGCAAAGUAAUUAAUUACUAUUCUUGCGUUUUGUUUUCUAAUCACGAAGUUAAUUACGUGGUUUAUUUGUGAAAAAAAGAAAAUAAUUAUCAUGUAUCCUGAAAAAAAAAAGAGGGGGACUAUUUGUUAUUCUUUAUUAAUACUGUGUAUCCUUCUUUCCUCGAUCUCUCUUGUAUUUUUCUCGUUUCUGUGUAUUAUUGUGAUUUUUCUUCAUGUAAAGUUGUUUGUGGGUGUAUUUUUUUUGUUACUGUUUAGACAGACACAUUUAUCCAUAUUAUUGGUGUAUAUUAAUUAAAUGAAAUUAUGUUUGUGGAUGUAUUAGCAAUAUUAUAUUCCACGUCCUUAUCGUAAUA